GGCUGGCAUGAGGAUGCCAUUUCCGCCUGGGAGGAGCCACCGGACCAGACCUCAGAUAGCAGCUUCUGCCUGCGGCAAGAGGCACGGGCAUCCAGGUUUUACCAUUCUGAUUUUCCAGAAUAAGCAUUCAUAAUCAGAGGGGUCGGCUGCCAACUUGCCAACAGAGGAGAUGUGGAAGGGGAGCACCCAUUCCAGAACCAGAGUCCAUGGCUCUUUCCAACCUUGGCUAAUGACGGCUGGCCCAUGUUUGGCCGUGAUGACAGGUCUUUUCGAAGAUGUAUUUUUACCCUCUGGACAAAUAGCAGUUGGGCCGAGUGGGGCUUUUUUAUGAGUUGAGGUACUCAGAGCUGGAAAAUAAACAGGCGGCUAAUGAGACGUUCUUAUGGAAACUGGCAUAAAUAAUAACAAAGGAAACAUCCUGUCCCCUGUGCCAACACCCUCUGGUGAAGGGCUAUAAAAGCUGCUGGCCUCUGGCCACCGUCAGACGUGGGGAACUCCGGCCGCGCUCCUGACCUGCCACCUGACCGCCGGGACCAUGGGGUGCUGCCCAGGGGACUGCUUCACCUGCUGCCCUCAAGACCAAGACUGCUGUGAAGUGUGCUGCUGCCAGCCCGCCUGCUGCGGUUGCUGCGGUUCCUGCUGCGGCUGCUGCGGUUCCUGCUGCGGCUGCGGGGGCUCUGGCUGCGGGGGCUCUGGCUGCGGAGGCUGCGGAGGUGGCUGCUGCGGGUCCUCCUGCUGCGGCUCUGGCUGCGGGGGCUGCGGCUCUGGCUGUGGGGGCUGCGGGAGCGGCUGCUGCGGGUCCAGCUGCUGCGGCUCGUCUGGGUGCUGCGGGCCCGUCUGCUGCCAGCCUACGCCUGUUUGCGAGACCAAGUGAAGCCCUCUGCCCCCUCCGCGGAGGUGGCCCAAGCAAAGCCUCCACUUGCUGCAGGUGGAGACCCCUUGUCUCCAGGACAUCCUUGGCUCCCAAGACAGCGUCCUGCCUCCGUGUUAUUUGUAGACGAGGGCUUGUUCUCCCAACGCCUGCCCUGGUAUUUUAAGGCCCUGAGAACAAGAGCCAUAUGCUGGUGAGAAAUGGAAGCUGGGUCCCAUCCAAAGUGAUCCCCGAAGCUCACAGGGAGAAUCCCCAUGGCUUUAUUUUCAUGGACUUAAAUGUCUUGUCACUAUAAGACAUCAUCUUACUCAAGGUGGCUUUGGGACUGACCCUCCUCCUCAGCUUUCUGCUGCUUUCGAGUGCAAAAUUUUCUCUUUGUUAACUUCUUAAUAAAUUCGAGCUUGCUGGCAUAACUGAAUUAGUUCUCCCGCCUCUUCCUUGGCUCCCUCUUGGG